AUUGGCGGUUGUUGAAUUUUGUUUAUCAGAGAAAACACAACAUUCAACACACACAGUAAAUUAUUGCUACAAAAUUUUCAGUUAAUUCAUACAGACCAUAACAAUCAUUAUUAUAUCAAACGGAUUUUUCAUUGAUACGAGGGAUUACAUUUAGACUACACAAGAUGUCACUAUCACCAAGAAAGAAAAGUGAUCACAAUUUGUCAGCCAAUCAGUUUCAAGAGAAGCUUCACACUUGGUUGAGAGAUCAGGGUCUGCUGUCUGAGCUAAAAAGUCACUUGCGCAUGCAAAUGGUGACCGCUCUACAGGAUGGAUCACCCUCUAUCAACCGGCAGUUCUCUAUUUCACCCAAAAUUCAGGCUCUCACGGUUCUCAUUGCCGAUUUCUUCCUACAACAAGGAUACAACUUCAGUCUGUCUGUGUUGACUACUGAGGUGCCAUUCAUCGGGCAAAUGUUUUCACACCUCUCGCAGUCCUCGGUGAGAGAGGGACUGGAAAAUGGACGCUUGCUUGCCGAGCGUUUCUCGGCUAGAGAUGUGGAAGACAUUUUGGAAACUUUGGGCAUGCCGCCGGGAUCCACAAUGCAUGCUGAAAUUCUGUCCCUGUACAAUGAUACUGAAAACAAAGAUUCUCUACUGGUUUGCAUCAUACGAUCCCUGACGUUCCUAAACUCUGAAAAAUCCAACAUCUGUACAUAG